AGAAGACGUAUGAAUACGAAGGACGGAGUGUACCUCGUGUUGGAUGGGCUCAUUGGGACUACCCACGACCGCAUCUUGUACACGUACAUGUACCAGCAAGGCUGGGAACCUCUGUACUCCAUUUUGGCCGAGAUCCACAAGUACACUACGUUGCCUACGCGCACCGAGCGUCAAACCCAUGCGGAAUACAUGGUGGAAACCUUCCUCGUCCAUCCCGAUGCCGUCGUGGUGGCGCAUCUACACCUCACGGACGACGAAUGCUUCCAAUCCGUGGUCCAGUCGGUCGUCGAUGCGGUCGCGGACAAGACAUGCACGUUGGACAUGUGGAGCUCGUUGGACGGUCGGUUGAAGCGAGCGUUGGAUUGGAGUGGGUUUUUCAAAUCCGACAUGUUUGGGGACCUCUGCAACGCGAUCCGCGAGCGGCACCCCAUGACCCUGCACGAUGUCCUCGGCGACUGCGACGCCACGCGCAUCCGGUACCUGGAGCUGUACUUGCGCGAGUUCCACCACCCCGGGGGCGUGAGCAACCUCCUCUUCUGGGUCGACGUCCAAACAACGUUCCUUCCCCUCGUCACCACGCAACCGGCCUCGUCGUCGUCGUCCUUCUCCAUGGCGCGCUUCGAGGAGAUCCAAGUGACCGUGCGCCGCCUCUUUAACGCGUACCUGGCAGACAAUCCGAGCGGCGGGACGGCCACCGCGGUCCCCGACGACACCAAGAAGGACGUACUGGCGCGCAUCUUGCUCUACCAGGGCGAGCCGUUCUCUCCGCCGCGGUAUGCGACACUGUUCAAAGCCGCGCAGGACCACGUGUGGCGGUGGCUGGCGUCCAAGAUCAUGCCCAACUUCCAAAACUCCAUGCUGUACAUCCAGUGGAUGGUCGAAGUCGAGCGGGUGCUGGCGGACCGGCACCUCCACCGCGCCUACGAAUCCGUCGCCUCUCCAUCUUCGCCUCACAAACCCCUCAAAGGCACCCUCGUCCUCCCCCUUCCUUACGCCUCCAACCGACUCCCAUCAUCUUCCAAGCCUCAUCCAGACCCCCCCCUUCGCCCAACAUUCGCCAACACGUUCACAAGCCCCCUCCCACCGUCAUUAGAGCAUGUGCUGACGUUCUCCAUCGCGCCACAGACCGACGGCUGCGGCGCCUUUGCCGCGUCGAUCCAUGACACUCCUGUGCACUUGGAGUGGCAUGCCAGCUGGAGUCGGGAGGUUGGACCCCCUCCCAUAGAUGAUGUGCAGUCGUACUGUGUGGAUUCUCGUCAGCCCCUCGUCGUAGGCGCUGCCUCUUCCACCUCCACGCAUGGCUUUCUGCUGCACGAUUCCGCCGCCGCCAUGGACCUCCAUGGCGUAUGUGUGACACAGUGGGCGCCUCUUCAGUCCGACCCGACUGGACCUACGGUGUACCUACCAACCAUCACAGCGUUCCUCGCUCGGUCGUCGCUGUGGCACCUGCGAGCCGACUUGGUAACUGCUGCCAGUGAGGUUCACGCCCAGUCCCAGGCCGACUGGACGGCAGACACGUGGCAGCGUGUUGUGGCGGCAGUCGCCCAGCCGAGUCGGCUGUACGAGCUCACGCCGCGCUUCCGCGCUUUUACGGGCAUGAGGCAGUGGGGAUCGGAAUUUGGAGGUCUGCGGCGACUCGUGGCGCAUCUCCACCUUCAAGUACAUCAGAAUGUCCUUAUACUGUACUACUACAUGGUGGUAGAACGUCGUCGCAGCGGCCACGGCGCUCCUCGUCGGCCAUCGCGUGUAUGUGAUCGCAUCGAGUCGAAACGUGCUGUACGAGUCCACGGAAGCGCUUGUAGCUGUGUUGACUCCAUUGAAAUGGCCGGUAGAAUGUCCAGCAUGUCGGCAUCCUGUGAGUGGGUUGAUGUAUAGUACACGUACGUCCCGUACUGCUGCUCCAUGCCGCCGACCAAGACGGAGUUCCAUCAGCAUUCUCCCUUUUGCAUUGGCGUGGAAGGAUCGAUUCAGAUCAAGCGGUCGCCGCAGGACGCCGCGACACACCACAUUCGUACAUGCAUUGGACCUUCCAGAAGAGACAUCGGAUUGAAGAUGUAUGUAGGAAGCAGCCUGUGCAACCUCACGCGCGUGCAUGCAGUGGUCCGCGACGUCCGCGGCGUGUGCUCCGCCGAUGCCGUGGCGCGCGCGGUGCUUGUAGACUUGGAUCAUGACGAAGUGUAUGUCCCGAUCAAGCAAGAGUUGCCGGAACCCCCGCGUAGGAUUGUCAUGUUGAUGAGAGAACGGGGGACUGAUUGAUGGGAGGAGGGUAGAGGGACUCGUGCGUGCGCUCGAGUUGGCGUGGCGCGGGGUGCUGCAGCCUCGCUUGGCAAAGGCAGACGAGUGCCGGUUCACCGGACCGACUCCUGUCCCCUCUGUGGACGACGGCGUGCUGGUUGAAGCCCAUCACGACGAGGGACUGAAGACAAGCAUGGCCGCGUUCCUGGAAGCCAUGUUCGGUCGCGUCAUGGACUUUGUUCGGUCAUAUCCAAAUGAUAUUGAUCUGGGACAACACAAACCCGCGAUUCCGCUCCAAGGCGGCGACGGCGAGACGUGCACGUCCUUUGCAGUGUUUGACGUCGACGGAUUCUUGGCCGCACACAUGGAGUUGGGAUGCCGCGACUUCUUCCGCCAGGUCUUCGCCACGGAGAUGUUUGGAAAUUAUUUGGAACGGCAGCUGCGGCGGUUUCAAAAGUAGCCAAUAGAAUCACGUUGAAGGAACCAAUCAAAUUGGGCAGUGUUGAGGUUAGCCAAUAGAAGGCGUUUCCAUAAAUCAAUGACGAGAAUCCAAUUGACCAAUCAACGAGAUGCGAAAACUCCUGCUUGAACGAUCUUCUUUA